CAUCUGAAUUGACCAGACACCAUUUGGGUGCUGGGUGAAAUUUGCCCCCGCGAAAUGGCCAGACGCUAUUUGGGCAAACGAAUUAUUGUGGCCGCCCACUACCGUAGAGAAACUUGAUCGCCCGGUCGGCCUGGACCUGGUUCACGGAGGCAUGGUAGCAAUUGAUACAGUUAAACACCACUAGCCAACCACCUCAGAUCCGCCUAUAAAAUCCCCCGCCAGCUUCCAUCCUGCAAGACCAUCAACGUAGCAGAAAUUAGCAAGCGAAAGCAGUGAGCUCGAUCGCUUAGUGAUCUUCCACUCCCCACUCCCAGUCUCCAUCGGCCCAAGCAGAGAUGGCACUUUCUUCUCGCCGUGUGGCCGCGUCCGCCGCCCUCCUCCUUCUCCUCCUCCUCGCCACAGAGCUGGGGACGACGACGGUGGCGGAGGCGAGGACCUGCAUCUCGCAGAGCCACAACUUCAAGGGCGCCUGCCUGAGCAGCACGAACUGCGCCAGCGUCUGCAGGACGGAGAACUUCCCCGAUGGCGACUGCAAGACUCGGCGCUUCCAGCGCAAGUGCUUUUGCAUCAAGAACUGCUGAUCGGCUAGCGCUCUGCCGACCGGCCGGCGGCGACCUCCGCUUCUACUCCUGUUGAUCGGCUACUAAUAGUUCGUUCGCCGGCCGUGUCGUCACGUUGUGCGCGCAUAUAAUAAAGUAGAAUCGGUAGUUAAGUGUUCCUCGGAUAUGCAUUCGUUUGUGUGUGAAUCUUCCUGCGAGUGAUUUUGCGCCUGCAAAGUCUAGACCUCGCAGUAUUGUGUAUCGUCGUGUGUCUGUGCAAGAUGCUGCUGCUGC